AUGGAUGUCCACUCGCCGCAUGUUUUGGCAACGCUUUCGUUGGCUUUCGCCAAACACGCUCAUUCCAAAAAGGUCAAGCCAGCGCCAGCGCGGUGCGUCAAGACCCAUUCAGUGUGUGAUCAGGUGGUCGCUCGUUUUCUUGUGCUCUUGACUCUGUCGUUUAUAUUAUGUCAAGCUCAUGGCUUCUAUUCUAUUUCCCUUCCUUGGUUUCAGUUAUCCAGGUGGCCCAAUCUGAUUGCACAGACUGCGUUUGGGGUACUUGUGGCUUCCUUGCUGUCAAUGCUGGCCUGCACAUGCAUGCUUGAUCCAGGAAGCCCCCCUGCUGUGGCCGGGACAGGUAAGUCAGGCAAGUGGUGCGAGCGAUGUAUGGCACAGAAACCGGAAAGAUGUCAUCACUGUUCCAUUUGCGAUCGAUGCGUCCUCAAGAUGGACCACCACUGUGUGUUUACAAAUUCAUGCAUUGGUGCACGAAACCAUCUUCACUUUUUGACAUUGGUCGCGUUGGCCACAUUUGGUUGUGGCAGUGUCGCUUUAUUUGUUGCCCCGCAGCUUCCGGGUGCAUUCCGAGAAAUCAUCAGCUUCGGUCAUGCUGGUCAUGACCUGCUGUUCCACCUGUAUCUGAUCCUCUUGACCACCUCUGCGAGUGUUUGCUUUGCCCUGCUCUGGGACCUGCUGCUGGCCCAGCUUCAUAACCUGCUCCGGAACGAGACCACGAUAGAAAGCAUAGAGAACUGGGCUGAGCGUCGCGGCAGCCCAUAUGAUUCUGGAGCCAUGAAGAACGUCGUCGAAGUGUUUGGGCCUAGGGCUGAGUGGUUCUCAAGAUGUGUUCUCUACUUGGACUGCUUCGAUCAGUUCCUGACCAGUGAUUGA